UUCAGAAAAAUUUUAGAGUUUUGUCGUGUUUGGUUAGGGUUUUAGUUUAGUACUUGUGGUGCCCAGUUCGUAAGAUUUUUGGGGAAAAAGUCUCGUUUGGGGUUUGCAGAUUUCAAACAGUCAAUUGCAAUGGAUUCGAGCCCUGCGACUCCAAAAUGGAAUCUCGAACGCCCCUUUCUCACUGGCCGGUUUCAUCAGGAAAUCAAGGUCCCAGCUCAUGCUUCAACUAAUAGGCCCUUUUCGAUGGAUUCCGGCAGUCGUGGAACCCAUAAUGUCGUCGGAUCUUAUCCUGUUUCAGUUCAGGAGCUUUUGGUCAUUGAUGAUAUGCUCUCGGCUCUCGUGGGAAUCGAGGGACGAUAUAUUUCGAUAAAGAGAGUCCGUGGGAGAGAAGGUCAUGUUAUAUUUCAGAUUGAUCAGUCCAUGGACUUUGCUCUCCAGGAAAUAAUACAGAGAAUAUUUCCUCUUUGUGAGGACUAUAUACUUAUCAGUCAAUUUGUUGAGUCCAGGUCGCAUUUUAAGAGUGGACUGGUCAACCAUGCAUUUGCUGCGGCUCUUAGAGCACUCCUCUUGGAUUAUCAGGCCAUGGUAGCGCAACUGGAGCACCAAUUCCGUCUUGGACGACUUUCUGUUCAAGGACUGUGGUUUUACUGUCAGCCAAUGAUGGGAUCAUUGCAUGCGUUGUCAAUUGUAGUUGAGAAGGCAUCUUCAAGCAAUGUUUCAGGCUCUGCAAUGCUUAACCUCUUGCAAAGCCAGUCCAAGGCUAUGGCCGGUGAUAAUGCAGUUCGAUCAUUGCUGGAAAAGAUGACACAGCGUGCAAGUUCUGCAUAUAUGGGAAUAUUGGAAAGAUGGGUCUAUGAGGGGGUUAUCGAUGAUCCAUACGGUGAAUUUUUCAUUGCUGAGAACAAGUCUUUGAAAAAGGAAAGCCUCACACUGGAUUAUGAUGCCAAGUUUUGGCGUCAAAGGUAUAGCCUUAAAGAUGGUAUUCCUAGCUUUCUUGCUGGCAUUGCAGAGACAAUUUUGACAACUGGAAAGUAUUUAAAUGUAAUGAGAGAAUGUGGACACAAUGUUCAGGUCCCUCAAACAGAAAACUCAAAAUUGAUGAGCUUUGGAUCUAACCAUCAUUAUCUUGAAUGCAUUAAAACUGCUUAUGACUUUGCAAGUGGCGAGCUCUUAACUCUCAUAAAAGAAAAGUAUGACCUAAUUGGGAAGCUGCGGUCUCUGAAGCGCUAUCUCCUUCUGGACCAGGGUGACUUCUUGGUUCAUUUUAUGGACAUUGCUCGAGACGAGCUUGCUAAGAGGCCUGAAGAGAUUUCUGUUGAAAAGUUGCAGUCUCUCCUUGACCUUGCUUUGCGCACUACUGCUGCUGUGGCGGAUCCUUAUCACGAGGAGUUAACAUGUUGUGUGGAAAGAGUUUCUUUGCUCAAGAAACUGGCCACUCUGAAAGAUUUGGAAAGUUCUUAUCCUUCAAAUUAUGCAAAUCUAGUUUUUGAAGGUGAUGACCAGCUGGAUCCAGUUAGCAUUACUGGCUUGGAAACAUUCUCCUUGAGUUACAAGGUUCAAUGGCCACUGUCACUUAUUAUUUCAAGAAAGGCCUUAACGAAAUAUCAGCUGAUUUUUCGGUUUCUGUUCCAUUGUAAGCAUGUCAAUCGCCAACUUUGUGUGGCAUGGCAAUUACAUCAAGGAUUUCGUACCAUCCACAGUAUGGGCACCCCCAUUUCGCGAUCUUCCAUUCUCUGUCGUAGCAUGCUGAAAUUUAUUAACAGCCUUUUGCAUUACUUAACCUUUGAGGUUCUCGAACCAAAUUGGCAUUUGAUGCAUGAUAGGCUUCAAGCUGUUAAAAGCAUAGAUGAGGUCAUCCAGUUCCAUGAUUUCUACCUCCACAAAUGCUUAAAGGAAUGCUUGCUUCUCUUGCCGCAAGUUCUGAAGAAGGUGGAGAAACUGAAAUCAAUAUGCCUACAAUAUGCGGCCUCCAUACAGUUGCUGAUACCGGCAGCCUAUGCUUCUGACAUGGAUAAUGGUUCCUUUGGAGUUGGAAAGUCUAAAACUAGAAGAUCAGCACGAUCUAGUAAUCGGUCACUAAAAACUGCAGCGGAAAACAACACUCUCUCUGAAUCCGUGUUGAAAUUUGAGAAGGAGUUCAAUGCUGAGCUUCAGAGUCUAGUGCCUAUUUUGAGCAACAAUUCACAAGCAGAGCCGUACUUGACUCAUCUUGCACAAUGUAUUCUGGGUGUGAGGAGUGACCAGUGACUCUCCCUGGAAUCAAUUCCAUAUAAAAAUUUGGCAAGUUCGUACGCAUAUUUGUAUACAUCGAGAUUGAUUAGAAAGAGUAGCUUCCUCUUGAUUUCCCUUGGCAAGUUCACUUGCAGGUUUAUACAAUAGCAGAGGUCUAGAUUUGUAUUAUUGCUUUCUGACUUGCUAAAUGCAGCCAAGUGAGGUUGAAUUCCGUUGUCUCUGAUUCGAGAUAGAUUCUCUCGCCUGUUUUGCUUUCGAAUACAAACCAUGAAUCGUCUCUUCAAUUA